AUGUCCCUGUCCAUGCGUGUCCCUCUCCACCUGGGGGAGCGGGAGCCUCUGCAGGGUGGGAAUCUGGGGGUCCCUCCUGACUUUGCCAUCCCUGCCCAGGCUGCCAGAGGCACGAGGACAGUUGUCAUCGCUGGUGUCCCAGCCGGCCUCCUGGAGGAUGAGCUCCUGGCUGACAUCCUCACCAUCCACUUCCAGAGGUCCCGGAACAACGGCGGGGACGUGGAGCAGGUCACGUAUCCCACACGGAAAGCUGGAGUUGCCUACGUGACCUUCGAGGAUGCAGGAGUUGUGGAGCGUGUUCUGAAGAAGGAUCAGCAUCUCCUGCAGGACAAGAGGCUGCCCGGGCCCUUCCCCCUGACAGUGACCCGCUACUGCCACCAGGCCUUCCUCCGGGUCACCUCCACCCUCAGCAUGGCUGUUUUCAGAGAUCACUUGGUGUUAGAAGAUUUGGUGGAAGAGAUGAAGCAGCAGAGCCCAGCUUUGAGUUUUGGGCCUUUGCAGCGUGACGGGCACAUUGCAGUGCAGGGGCCCUUCCCAGCACUGCAGGUGCUGAGGGAUUUCCUCCUGCUGAAGGCAAAAUCCCUCCCAGAGGAGGACAAAAGAGAGAGAAAACCCCACCAGAGACCGAGGAGGAAGCUGCAGGAGCACAGAGGUGCUGCAGAGAUGAGGAAUUCCACUCGGAACGCGCAGAGGGAAAAACAAGUGCUGGUUCUGGACACGGAUAUCUAUCACUACAUGAAGCACUUCCAUGCCAAGGCUCUGCAGAGAAAUGAUGCUGUCAUUUCUGGUGUCACUGAUGGUGACAUCACCACAGUGACCAUUGAGAGUGCUGCUGAUGCACAGGGAUUAAAAGCCAAGAAAAUGAUAGAAAAUUACUCGGUGGAGCUGCAGAAGAUUUUACGGAAGGAGAGGAUCUGCUUCAAGGAGCCCACCAGGGCUGGGAGGCAGAGACUCAGACAGCUCUGUGAGAGGCUGAAAGCACACUACCCCAGAGUGCUGAUCAUCCCUUAUGACACCCACCUGGACGUUGUGGGCACCUCUGCAGACGUUCUUGGGUUCACAGAGGAGGUGAAGAGGCUCUCCAGGUAGGGGUGAGGGCUCCUGGGGUUUGGGUUCCUCACCCAGACUCUGCCUGUGGCCCUGUGGCACUGGGGUGUCACUCUGUCCCGCUCACAGGCUGGAGAGUGACCAAGCCUGGCUCCCCUCAAACACCAAAUUAAGGUCAGAACAAUAAAUCAGUGAUUUUUGCAUCUUUCAUCAACUUGGGGACCACAUUUCCUUUUGGUACCUCAGAGCAUUCUCACACCAGCUUGCUGUCAAGGAGUACACCAUGAAGAAAGAGAUUUUUAUUUUUUUUUUAAGCUGGGUGUGCCAAGCAUGUAGGAAACACUGCAGGGGAGUUGUGUGUGAGGUUCUGUGAGGAGGUGAGCACAGCAGCCAGGAAUGGGGACCUUCUCUGGCCCUUGAGCUGCAGAGGGACCCCUGGCAGAGCAAAAUGCACAAGGAAUGGGCAGGUUGAGAAAGCCUUGCUGAUUCUUCCCUGCAGGAAACAGGCCAGUUUGUUUUCAUAGGAGCAAUAAUGAGGUUUUUCCCAGCUUAAAGGCUUCUGCAGCAUCUCUUGACAGCUCAUUACUUAGACAUGAAAGUGUGUCCAGAGAUUUGAUGGGGAAAUGUGGGGGCAUUCAGACUUUGGAAUCAGAUUCUGUUUAUGCAAAUCUGUUUCUGUAUCCAUUACAAGGGCACAAAUGGGGGGGGUUUUAUAAACCAAUUUAGAAAAUAGCUUUUAUUUUGUGAUAUCUGUGUGCUUAGAGUAAUUUCUCAAAACAUCCAGAGCAGCUUUUCUGUCUGGUGUGCAGGCAAAGUAUUAGGGGUUUAUGCCAUUAAAGAAAAGUGUUAUCCAAAA